UUUGACCGUUAACUUGGACGGUCAAACGCGUUGACUAACGGUCAACGCGCCAUGUCACUGCCAACUCGGCAAGUUUCAAUUAAUUUUUUUUUUAAUUUACACCUAUUUUCAUUUUCUUUCCUUAAUCAUUUUGAGAAAAAAAAAUCAAUUUUGGGACAAACCUUUUUGCAAGUUAACGAUGGAAAAUCCCGAUUCGUACAUUCACUCCAACAUCGUCGGAUUGGUGACCUUACUCGAGAUCUACAAAUCGGCAGAAACCCAGCCCGCCGUCGUCUGGGCGUCGUCGAGCUCCGUCUACGGGCUCAACGAGAAAUCCCCCUUUUCCGAAUCGGACGGAACUGACCAGUCGGCGAGCCUCUACGUCGCUACAAAAAACUUAUCCAAUGACCGAAUCUUCACCUCUGACUCAGAUUGAGAUGACUGGUUUUGUGCCCUGACGAGUUGUUGCUGAUGGUGCUCAACGAAAGUGUGUCAAGUAUCGGGACUUGUGUAUGACUGCUGGGUAUGGUUUCUUGUCAUUUUCUUUUUCUUCAUUGAGAGAGUUGGAUAAGGAUGUCGUGACUUUACUCAAGAGGAUCCAGAAAUUCUCCAUGUCUCAGGAUGCAGGGGCUCGGGGAGGCCGCGUACAUUUUUACUAGACUUAGUUUUGCUAUAGCUGAGGGAAUGGGAGACCAUAUUGUAUCUCAGGCUACCCACUAAUUUUUUGUAAACCUUUGUUUAUUUUGCUUCCACUCAAUAAAAUAAUAAUAGAUAA